AUGACCGCCGAUCGAACUUCCGAGGAAGUCUCAGCUAAAGACUGCCGGGUCUGCAGAACCCGUCGUAUCUCCUGUGAUAGAACGCUGCCCCAUUGUCGAAAGUGCUUUUCACGAAAUCUUCGCUGUCCCGGUUAUGGGAUCAACCUAAGAUGGGGUCAAGGAGUGGCAAGCAGGGGUAAAUUGACGGGACAGGCAAUACCAGUCCGAAAGGACUCCCAGAUAUCACAGAAGGCGUUUUAUCGCCGAGCAGGCAUCGCAGUGCCCCAUGCAGACCUCCAACUACCGGCCCGUUGGCCCGGUUCACCCUUCGACAGCCUCACUACUCAGUUGCUCGAUCACUUCGAUCGAGGCGUCGCUACAAGGCUUGCGUGGGUGGAUGACCUUCACAAUCCCUGGAGAAGCUUAGUAUUACCUCUAUCGCACGACUCAUCAACUGUACGAUAUUCGGUGCUUGCUCUCGCUUCAAAGGACCUUGCGGCCAAGUACCCAACAGACCAUCAUUGGGCGCAGAGACUCGAAGCCAUUUCCCGUCACCACCAGAAUGUGGCCUUGUCUUGGUUGUCGAGGGAUAUGCGAGACUUACUGCAGGAUCCAACCGCGGUUCAAACCAGAGACCAAGCGAGACAUAUCCUAGCUUCCGCUCUCAUUUUAUACAAUGUUGAACUACUAACAGCACCGGCUGCUCAAUGGCGAAUACACAUACAAUGCGCCCGCGAAAUUGUCCAGUGGAACAUGCAAUCCGCCAGCAGUGCACUGUAUACAAAUAUCGCUGAUGUAUUCCUAUUCUACGAAUACUACUACACGUCAGUUUACAUCGGAUUAACAACAUUCGAUCCGGUCGAUCAGCUCCAAGACGACUUCCCGACGCAUGACAAUGUCACAGUAUUCAGUGAUUUCAUCCGAAUCAUGCAUAGCGUGACGCGUGCCGAGCGACAGACUCAUACUAUGCAGUCCAUCUCGCAACCCGUCCCGAUCGAAUCCACACUACUGGACAUAGAAUUUGCCAAAGCUCGGAUGAUGCAGAUGAACCACACAAUCAAGUUCAAAACUGUCCAGGCACGGCAUGAUUUCGAAUGCCUAGUACACAUGUUCUAUCAUGCCACGCUUAUCUAUACCCACCGUGUCUUUUCCGACAGCGUAUCCCCGGAUGAGUACAUACAAGCUUCGCUUGGUGUGCUUCUCGAACACGCACUGCCCCUCUCGUGCAGCGCCGCGGUUGCUCAGGACCUUGUCUGGCCACUCUUCAUCACAGGGACAGAGUCUAGGGGCAACCCACAGAUGCAGAACAUUGUCGAGGAGGCCAUGAUGAAUGUGAUUCGAUUGAGUGGUAAUCUUGAUCGGAGCCGCGUUCUUUCGUUCCUCAAGACCUUCUGGUCAUUGGAAUUGGAGCCGGGUACUACAUGGAUUCAGUAUGCCCGAGCCAAGUGUAUCGACUUCAGCUUCUUAGUAAUUCUUUGAAAAUAUUUCAGAC